GAAGCAAGCUGUAGUAGGGAAUGUAAUAGCUAAUUUUGUGCACGUCUUGGAGUUCCACUCGAAGACCAUUCGUGUGCGGACAAUCGGACGUUGCCUUUUUGAUUCUGGAAAGUUUGUGGAAAGUGAAAAGCGGAGCACGUUUGGACAGUUCUUUUGAUGAGGCACUACAGCCCUCCGUGGUAACAAUAGUGUUCUGAAGGCCAGUCCCUGGAUAAGACCAAAAGUGGAGUCCAUCAGAAGAAAACAAGUAUUUGCGCAAGUGGGCUCUUGGUGAGGAGAUGCAUUCUGUUACAAAAUAAAGCAAACUCAACGACUCAUGGCACAAAGGAAACCCGGUCCAUGAGCCCAGCUGAUCUGGGACUAAUCUAGGCGCAGUGUCUGAAAAAUGGAUGUAUUUGAAGGGAUCCACAGGGUGCAGCUCUCCUCCUCUCCAUCUCCUGUCACCCCAUCUGGUCCAGGAUAUGAGUUGGUGGUGGCUGGCGGCUCGGGGAUCGCCGUGUACUCCUCCUCUGUGUUUUUUGGCAAAAUGGACACCCUGGAUCAGCGAGCCCCGAAGUACAAGUCUACUGCAAAGGCAGCAGAGGAAAGAUGUCCUGUUGGAAGGCUAGUAGAUCUGGAUCCAGACCCGGGACCCAGUGCAGGAGGGGGACAGACUGCAGCGAUGCCUCAGGGGGAGGAGGGCUCUCGUGAUGGGGAACACUACAACGUGUCCCGUCUGCGGAGCUCAUCUAUAGAGAUAAGGGAGAAAGGUGGCGAGUUUCUUCGGGAGCAGUUGGAUGCCGCUCAGAAGGAGUUGAAACUGAAGGGGGAGGAAUGUGAACGUCUCUCGCAUGUUCGGGAGCAGCUUGAGCUGGAGCUGGAAGAACUGACUGCCAGUCUUUUUGAGGAGGCCCAUAAAAUGGUGCGUGAAGCUAACGUGAAACAGGCAGCAUCUGAAAAACAGCUGAAAGAGGCUCAGGGAAAGAUUGAUGUCCUCCAGGCAGAGGUGACAGCCCUGAAGACCCUGGUGCUGACCUCCACCCCUUCCUCCCCCAACCGGCAACUGCACCCCCAGCUCCAGUCCCCGGGCACCAGGGGGGCACUGAGGGGGCACACCCGAAACAAGAGCACCAGUAGCGCUCUCACACUCCCCCACAGCCAGACUGAGCCCGGGCCCACGGACACACAGGCAGCUAACAAGGAGGACAAGGAGUCUGCGGUUCCUGCUCUCCUUUCUCUGAUUCUGUGUCUGGUCCCUGGCCAGUCGGUCCGCGUCACCUACGAGCCCUACUGGCCACGCCAGGGGGAGGUGCCAGGGGCUCACUGUCGCCAGCUGGAUUCGGUUCUGUUUGCUGAGUUCCUGUCCUGGAGAGAGGCCCCCAGUCUGAACCGCUCCUCUGCCUUCAUGGGCCGGGUCUACAGAGAGGACAUUGGACCCUGCCUCUCCUUUACCCGCACCGAGUUAUCGCAGUCAGUCCAGGGUGCGGUGGAGAGUAACUCUCUGACCAUUGAGCCGGCGGCCAUGACUGCACUACCACUGGUGAAGGCUUCAGCCAUUGAGUGUGGGGGACCCAAUGGCUGGAGAUGUGCUGUAGAAACGAAGUGUGCCCUGAGUGGCAUGUCCCGCCCCUGCCGCCAUCGCAUCAAACUGGGUGACAAAGAGAGUUACUACUACAUCUCCCCCUCCAGCCGGGCACGGAUCACUGCAGUGUGUAAUUUUUUCACCUACAUAAGGUACAUCCAACAAGGCUUAGUGAGGCAAGAGGUGGAGCAGAUGUUUUGGGAAGUAAUGCGCCUGCGGAGGGAGAUGACCGUGGCAAAACUGGGCUUCUUUGUCAACGAUGAGAGCUAGGAAACGGCGGAAGUCAACAUCUGAGCACUAUCAACACACACACACACACACACACACACACACACACACACACACACACACACACAGCAAUGGGCUAUGAGCAAUAUUGUUGAUCUCCAGUGUCUUCUUUCAUUGUCAUUAUGUGACAGUACACACACACACACAGAGCAAUGGGCUGUGAGCAAUAUUGUUCUUUCAUUGUCAUUAUGUGACAAUACACACACACACACAGAGUGAUGUGUGGACUGUGAGCUAUGACUUAGAUGACAGAAUCACAAGUUGCCAAACUGAGGAUUAUGACCCAGCAGUGAGCACUCCUGUUCAGUGCGCUCAGACGAUUGAUUCAACAGAGACGUCAGUGUCAUGACUCGCCCAUCUAGCCAAGAUAAAUCUGAAAGACGCUUCAUGUGAGACUUUUCACUGAAAGGCAUCUAGAGGAUAAGAGAGAUAAAGAUGGGAACAGGGACGCUGAGAUCGCGUUUAUUUUUUAUUUCUCACAGAACCCCAAUUAUGAUGAUUUAUUUCCCCCCCUUAGUAAUCGGGGGUUUAGCCGUGUGAAAUGUUUGCAUAUGUAUAAUUACACAGUAGUGAAGUGUAUUCAUGUCUGGAGUCAGUAACACAGAAUAUGUCUUCAUCCACCUCCAAGCAGGCCAAGUGUUACUGCAGUGAACUUCUAGGUCAAAGGUCAAAGCCAUAGCGUCACUGAGAUCAUCUCAGGCAGGGUGGAUUGUCUGCAGGCGUUACUAACACAGACCCACACUCCUUAUACAAGUGCACUCAGUCAGAAUGAGGCGGCUGCUGCCUCACACACUCCUUAUACAAGUGCACUCAGUCUGAAUGAGGCGGCUCCUGCCUCACACACUCCUCCAAAGUGACCUGUACACUCCUCUACGUCCCAUGGUGUUGGGCCUUGAUAGCUCUUUGACGGCUGCUACAGGCUUGAUAACCACGCUCUGUAGUUUGAAGAGUGUUGUGUUCAGUGUCUAGAAGUUAGAUAGAUACAUAGAUAGAUAAACUUAAUACAAGUUGAUCUAUCUAAGUUAAGUUGGCACCACUCUGAAGUUCCCUCUCUUUUCAAGCUCCACAUAGGUUUCACCUGAGUACUAAAUUGGUGCAGAGAACUCCCCAUUGAGAACUAACACAGCAGAUAACGGUUCCCUGUUUUGCACAAGAUUAUUCCCAUGUUAUGUUUAAGAUCAUUCAAGGUUGUUUUUGUGACUCACAGAUCCCCCAUGAGCUGUACAUGGUGUCCUACAAUGAUGUAGAUUAAGAUGUAUCUCAGUGUGACCUCCUUGUGUUGUUUUUUUUAUUGAACUGUUCAUAUUUAGUUUCAUAAAUCUGUACUGCUAAAUGUCUUUGUUUAUGAUCUGAAUGGAUAACUUGCCUUGUCUUUCACAUUGCCAUGUCUUCCAGAGCCACACUAUACCAAUGCUUGCCUUCCUGCCUGCCUGGCAGUGGUUAGAAGAUUAGCUUUAUAUAUGAACUGUGUUGUACACAGGUACUAUAGCACAGCUUCAUUCAGCACAGCCUGUAGACACUCCAGAAUGUUAAUGUAUAAAUAUAGAAGCCAUGAUCGGUCCCAGGGACUGUUGCUUUUGCUCGGAUAUACAGCCAUAUUUGUGUGUACGGGUCUGUGCCCUUAUGAUGUUUUAGUUCCACACCCCCCUCUCUCUAAACAGGGUGUGAGUGGAGAGGACACUUGCAUGAUUGAACAUCUGUAUGUCUGCAUUAGAAACACUUUUUCUGCACCCUAUAUGCUUUCAAGACUCCCGCAUUGUAACUGCUCUGUCUGUGCCUGUGCAGCCUAUGGGUUGCCUUCUGUGAUACUGAAAUGAAUUUGUUCAAGUGCACUAUUAACAUGCCACUCUGGACGUUCAGGUCAAUAAACACAACAUAACACCAGCA